AUUCCGUCCUCAACCAUUUGAACCCAUUUAAUUAUUGCCGCUAGAUUGUCUGCUGCGUUGCGUGAGUUGCAUCCCACCUCUUAUUAGUUCAAAAAAUGGGUUACUUUCCGUUAUUACUAGUGAUGUAGAUUCCGAAUUCCUUAAUUGACCCACUUUGCAGGGUAAAGAUAAACGUUUUAUACGGAUAUCUGGUCAGUUUAGAUAAAGUUACGCCCCAUCUUAAGCUAACGAGAAAAAGGAAUUUUUGAGGGCAAAACAGCGAUUAACAGGGAUGUUUUUGGACGAAACAGACCGAAAUAUAACGUGAAAAACGCCACACAUGGGCAACCUUUUUAAUUAUUGUAUCGCUAAUGUUACUCUCAUUUUUCUCUACGAUAAGGGCGUCUAUCCAACAUAUUUCAGUUUGGAAAAGACAGGAGGCUUGAUGGCCUGUGUUAGUCCUGGCAUUGAUGGUCUCUCAGCUGAUCCAACUUUCUUUUGAAGGAGUCGACGUAUGGAGCCUCAACCACGUGCUGAGGUAAUGAAUUCCACUCGUUGAUUAUUCGAUGGGAAAGUCGGUAGUCAGCUGACAAGUAAUUCGUUCUGGGCUUGUGAACUUUUUUGGAGUGUCCUCGUAGAUUUUCUGUUUUGGAAGACAAGAAAAAUGAGGGCAAUGAAUUUGUAAUUCAAAAAGAAUAUUUUACUUUCGCACACGAAUUGUCACGAGCCGUAUAUAGAUUGCUUGGUUGUAACAGUGUACACAAUGAACAGAUGUUCCGUAACUAAUAAUAGGACGUGGACGUUAGAAAAUAUAUUUACAGGUAGGAGAAUUGUAGAGGGAAGAUAUAAGAACUUAUAUAUACGGAUGUUUUCACUUAUGCAGAUUGUUAUUCGGUGUGUAUAUUGCAAGGCGAAAAUUGAAACCUGGAUAAUUACAAGUUGCAGCAGUUUCAAAAUUUAUUAUGCAUUAACAUAAUGCAGAUUCGUUUAUCGUAUUUAUAGAGAAAGUUAUUUUGUCGUAUUAGGGUGAGAUAAAGCCAAAUCUGUAUAGUGAUUAUAAGUCGUGAAACGAUUAUAUUUAGGAAAAGAAAAAUCAAACUUACUAACUUAGGAACGAGUUGCUCUACACAAAUAAUCGAAACGUUUGAACUUAUUUUACGUUCGUUAGUUUCAUUUCAAAGAUAAUGAAAGUAUAAUUUGUUGGCUGGAAACAUCUGGGUAUCGGCUGUUGUUGGUAUAAUGAAGUGAGAAAAAAUGAUCACACACUAAUUAUACCUGUUAAACCUCGUGGACACUAGGCCGUCUAACAACAUUGUACAUCGAACUCUAUCCUGGCUAAUCUUUACCAGUUGCUAUUCAUCCUGGUCUUCCUCACCUGCAUUCGUUGGUGUGUAUGGGAUAGAAGAACUAAGUCAUCUGCGAAGUUCAAAUCGUCUAGUUGCACCUAAGCUGUCCAUCGUAUUUUAUGCCCUCACGUUGAGGGCUUCAUAAUCCAGUCAACUACCAGACGAAAGUAAUCGGCGUUGUCUGGCUCCAUUCCUCACUUUGAAUGAGUCUGUCAGCUAUUCUCCACUCACGACUUUGCAGUGUAGUUUGUCGUAUAAAUUCCUCAUUAUGUUGACGAUUUCCCAGAGUAUUACCUCUUUCAAGCUUGCUAGACUUUCGUACAGACAGGUUAUGAGAAUUAAAAUUGAACUACAACUACAAUCAAGAAGAAAUAAGGCAGACAAAUCAAGGAAAGGCAAUCCAACAUAAUGGAAUGUCUCUUAGCCAUCAGAUCUUAUUUUAUUGCACUGAAAUCUUUUAACAAUAUUCCACCCCAUCCAUAGGUCACACUAUGCUUUUUCAUACUAGUUAUCUUGUAGCACAAAAGCACGUGUAGAAAAGUUUAAACUCGUGUCAGUUCUCAUAUCAUCCCAUACAUGUACGUUUGUUUUGAUCUUAUUAUUUACUGAAAGUAGAUAUAUUUAAAAAGUAUUACUCAGAAACGUUGAUACACAAAGUAUACAUGCCUCUUUAAGAUUUUCAGCCACUUCUGACGUGCUAGUCUUGCAGCACCUUACGAACGUAUUCCCAUUGACAUAGUGAGGAAAAGCUCACUCAACUCGUGCAAUGGCUUCCCUUUUCAUCCUCCCAAGUAAUCCCUCACACUAAGAAACCACCUUUCUAUCGUUCUUAACAUUAAUAUAAUUAAGGUUGCCGUCACCAGUAAUUGUGACUGAAAAUUAAAGAAUAUGGGCGUUGCAUUACCAUUAAGGACUAGCGGCUCCAUGUAAACCUAUCAUAUAAUGCUUAUUGCUAUUGCCUCCUUUCGCUUAUGCUGAUCAGUAUUGUUUCCGAUCAUUGCAUGAGCCCGGAAAUGUUUACACAUAUAAUUUGACUUUACUCUGUCUUGCUGAACAAGUUAUUUUAUUUAAGCUAUUAUUAGAUACCUAAAAGAUUUGCGAAAAUCUCGCCUACAAUAUCUUACACUAAAUUUUUAACUAAUUUUUUUAGACAUAUUGUGCAAUCUCAUAAAACAAUCGCUCUCAAGAAUCACUGAUGGACAUUUGAUCAGUGAUGUCUGUAUUUCAUGAUGAAAUAGAAAUCGAGGAUAUGGAGUAUGAUGAAGAAUCAGAAACGUAUUCGUAUCCUUGUCCGUGUGGUGAUCGAUUUUUAAUUACCAAGGAAGAUUUACUGUGUGGUGAUGAUAUAGCACGAUGUCCAAGCUGUUCUCUUUACGUGCGUGUUAUUUAUGAUAUGGAAAAUAUACUUCCUAACGUAAAAGAAUCGUCAGCUGAAAUAAUGGUUUCCUAAACAUUUCUGUAUUAUCUUCAAUAACUCCAAACAAAUCUCAGUUGGUAAACAUUUCUCGAAUCCAUUCUUUUGAGCCAUGAUCACGAACCUCGGUCUUCGGAAAACUAACUUUCAGUCUAUAUUUUUCUACUUUUGCUUUCAUCAAAUACAAUUAACUUAUCUGG